AUGUCUGGUCAAGAACAACAAGCUGAUAAAACUCAGCAAAAUCAAGCUAACCCUACUCAAGGUGGUGGCUACCAACAAUACCAACAAUAUAACCAGGGUCAAGGCUACCAACAAUAUAACCAAGGUGGCUACCAACAAUAUAACCAAGGCCAAGCUGGCUACCAACAGUACAACCAACAAGGUUAUCAACAAUAUAAUCAACAAGGCGGCUAUCAACAAUAUAAUCAAGCUGCUGGAUACCAACAAUACAACCAACAAGGUGGUUAUCAACCUCAAUAUAACCAACAACAAGUCCAAGGCUACAGACAAAAUUACAAUAAAGGUAGAGGGGGUUAUAAAAAUUAUAACAACCGUAAUAACUAUAACAAUUCUUACAAUAACGGCAGUAAUUACAACCAAAAUGCUUACAUGAAUUCUCAACCAUUCCAACCACAACAAAACCAAGGUAUGACUUUGGAAGAUUUCCAAAAGCAACAACAAUCUACUGUCACUGACACUAAGCCUAAAAAAACUCUAAAAUUAGUUUCUAGUUCCGGUAUUAAAUUAGCAAAUGCUACCAAAAAAUCAGAAAAAAAGAAAGAAGAGGAACCCAAAGCUGCCGAAUCCAAGGAAGACGCCAAACCUGUUACCAAGGAAGAAGGCAAGCCUGCUGCUAAGGAAGAAGAAAAGAAAACUGAUUUACCUGCAGUUGAAAAAUUAUCCAUUUCUGAUGAUACUAAAGAAUCUUCAGUUCCAUCAAUUAUACCUUCAACUUCCGCUCCAGCUGGUGGUUCUGACGCCUUAGUUAAGGAACAAGAAGACGAAGUUGAUGAAGAAGUUGUUAAGGAUAUGUUUGGUGGUAAAGAUCAUGUUUCAAUUAUCUUCAUGGGUCACGUUGAUGCUGGUAAAUCUACCAUGGGUGGUAAUCUUUUAUAUCUAACAGGUUCUGUUGAUAAAAGAACUGUAGAAAAAUACGAAAGAGAAGCUAAAGAUGCUGGUAGACAAGGUUGGUAUUUAUCUUGGGUUAUGGAUACCAAUAAAGAAGAAAGAAAUGAUGGUAAAACUAUUGAAGUUGGUAGAGCUUAUUUCGAAACUGAAAAGAGACGUUAUACCAUUCUUGAUGCUCCAGGUCACAAAAUGUAUGUUUCUGAAAUGAUUGGUGGUGCCUCUCAAGCCGAUGUUGGUAUCUUGGUCAUUUCCGCAAGAAAGGGUGAAUAUGAAACUGGUUUUGAAAAAGGUGGUCAAACUCGUGAACAUGCUUUAUUAGCAAAGACUCAAGGUGUUAAUAAUAUGAUUGUCGUCGUUAACAAGAUGGAUGACCCUACUGUCAACUGGUCUAAAGAACGUUAUGACCAAUGUGUUUCUAACAUUACAAAUUUCCUAAAAGCAAUUGGUUAUAAUGUCAAGGAAGAUGUUAUUUUCAUGCCUGUUUCUGGUUUCAGUGGUGCUGGUUUGAAAGACCGCGUUGACUCCAAAACAUGUCCAUGGUACACUGGCCCUGCCUUAUUGGAAUACUUAGAUUCUAUGACCCAUGUUGAUCGUCAUAUCAACUCCCCAUUCAUGCUUCCAAUUUCUGGUAAAAUGAAAGAUAUGGGUACUGUUGUCGAAGGUAAAAUUGAAUCUGGUCACAUUAAGAAGGGUCAAUCUACAUUAAUGAUGCCUAACAAGAUUCCAAUUGAAAUUCAAAACAUUUAUAACGAAACUGAAAAUGAAGUCGAAAUGGCUAUUUGUGGUGAACAAGUUAAAUUAAGAAUUAAAGGGGUUGAAGAAGAAGAUAUUUCCCCAGGUUUUGUCUUAACUUCUCCAAAGAACCCAAUUAAAAAUGUUACAAGAUUUGUUGCUCAAAUUGCUAUUGUAGAAUUAAAAUCCAUUAUGUCUGCAGGUUUCUCCUGUGUCAUGCAUGUCCAUACUGCUAUUGAAGAAGUUACUAUUACUAGGCUACUUCACAAACUUGAAAAGGGUACAAACCGUAAAUCUAAGAAACCACCUGCAUUUGCCAAGAAGGGUAUGAAGAUUAUUGCUUUGUUGGAAACUGAAGAACCAGUAUGUAUUGAAACUUACGAAGAUUAUCCUCAAUUAGGUAGAUUUACAUUAAGAGAUCAAGGUACUACUAUUGCUAUCGGUAAGAUUGUUAAAACCAUCUCAUAA